CAGUAGUAAGGGGAAGCCGGAGAGCUGACUGCAAUGAGACAUUUCCAUUGCUCUGUCUUCACUGACAGCCUCUGUGUACAGUAGAGGAUGGGAUGUGACGCUCCCGGCCGCGGUGGAUUGUGGGAGUUCACAGACACAGCCUAGUCCUCUCAGCUCAUACAGGGACUGAAAAAAAAAAGGCACAGUAGACAUAUUGCUGGGAAGCUGUACUUGUGAUAGCACAAAGCUAGGAUGUCGAGCAGAGGUGGGAAAAAGAAGACCACAAAGACCUCAAGGUCAGCAAAGGCUGGGGUCAUAUUCCCAGUAGGAAGAAUGCUGCGUUAUAUAAAGAAAGGACAUCCAAAAUACAGGAUUGGAGUUGGCGCUCCUGUGUAUAUGGCUGCUGUCCUGGAGUAUCUGACUGCUGAGAUUCUUGAACUGGCUGGAAAUGCAGCUAGAGAUAACAAAAAAGGGAGAGUCACCCCCAGACAUAUUCUGCUGGCUAUAGCCAAUGAUGAAGAAUUAAAUCAGCUAUUAAAAGGUGUAACCAUUGCCAGCGGUGGUGUGUUACCAAAUAUUCAUCCUGAGCUGUUGGCAAAGAAGCGUGGAACCAAAGGAAAGCUGGAGGCUAUUAUUACACCCCCACCUGCAAAGACAGCCAAAACCACAUCACCAAAAAAAUCAGCUUCAAAGAAGCCAGGUGCCAAAAAAGGAGUAAGAAAAUCUAAGAAGAAGCAAGGAGAAGUUAGCAAAGCAGCAAGUGCAGACAGCACAACAGAAGGGGCACCAGCCAAUGGAUUCACUAUUCUUUCUACCAAAAGUCUUUUUCUGGGACAGAAGCUGAACCUUAUUCACAGUGAGAUCAGUAAUUUAGCCGGAUUUGAGGUGGAGGCUGUUAUCAACCCUACAAAUGCUGACAUUGACCUUAAAGAUGAUAUAGGUAAUGCCUUAGAGAAGAAAGGAGGUAAAGAGUUUUUGGAAGCAGUAAUUGAACUGAAAAAAAAGAAUGGACCUUUAGAUGUUGGUGGUGCUGCCGUCAGUUCAGGCCAUGGGCUGCCUGCAAAGUUUGUAAUCCACUGCAACAGCCCAAGCUGGGGAUCUGACAAGUGUGAAGAGCUGCUGGAAAAGACUGUGAAGAACUGCCUGGCUUUAGCAGAUGAGAAGAAAAUUAAGUCAAUUGCGUUUCCCUCAAUUGGCAGUGGAAGAAAUGGAUUUCCUAAGCAAACAGCUGCGCAACUCAUCCUGAAAGCUAUUUCUAACUAUUUUGUGUCUACGAUGUCCUCUUCAAUCAAGACUGUGUAUUUUGUGCUGUUUGACAGUGAAAGUAUAGGCAUAUAUGUGCAGGAGAUGGCAAAGCUUGAUGCAAACUAAACCUUUCAGCCCCGACACCCCCCCCCCCCCCCCCCCAAUGCUUCCCUUUACUAAUGAUACAACCUUUAGCUCUUUUUUGCAAAACUGCACUGCAAUUUUAGAAAAAAAUUAUUUGAGGAAAGCAAGGAUUCCACUUGACCUUUCUAAAAUAUUUGGCACUGAUAGCUGACAUUACUUCUGUUGAUGCACUAUAUCUGAGGCAUUGUCCUAACUUAGUUAAUUUAGAGGAUUUUUUUAAAUAAUUUUAUUUUGAAUGAGUUAUAAAAUUAAAUAGGUUGUAGUUGGGAGUGUAUUGUCUUUUGUAUGUGAAUGACAUGAAAGAAAUAUUUUGUAAAUGUUGUGGUUCUUUGAUUGUACCCCUAUGUGGCUUUGUAUUUUUCCUCUCAGUAU